CGCGGCUGGUCGCCUCGGGCAUCCUGCUGCAGCCGCUGGUGAAACCUGGCCUUCCUGGGGAAUACGGUCAGGCUGUGGUGUUGUGGUGUGCCGCGCCGUCGUUGUGCUGUGCUGUGCUGUACUGUGUGGUGCUGUGUGCUGUGUGUGUGGCCGGGCCGGGGCUAGGAAGAAAGCAGGAGGCGACAUCGCGCUAUUGAGACCGCAUCUUGCAUCGCCCGCCUGUGCGCCUGCGCGACCUGGCAACCCUGGCUCGUCUUCCGAUUAUGGAUCGGACAACCGCCUCUCCUGUUGGCCGCCCAAACCACAACCACCAGAUUGUCAGCAAACUUAAACGGUGCCCUACACCCGGCCUGCCUGACAACAACAUGGACCGAGUUGAAAAUGCAACCCCGCCGGACAAAUCCACUCGCUCCUCCUUUUCUUCUGUCCGGGAGAACGACUCGAACUUAGCCCAGACCUUCACCACCACCAAGGUAUCCUCCUACUCUAAAGAAGCAGACGAGGCUAUCGAAGACCAACCACCUCUCCCCACGGAGAUGACCACCCAGACUCAGUUUGUCCCGCCCGUCACCCAGCCGAAUAGCAGACUACACGGCUCCUGGUUCCCGGCCGUCGCCGCCGAGGGCUUCCAGGGCUGGAAGCAGAUCGGCGUCAAGGGGAGGCAGGCGAGCAAGAGCUAUGGAGAUUUGCAGGCCUUGAAGAUCGUCUGGUCGACCCCGGCCACUCCGCCCCGGAAGAAGGACCCGGAACGGCCUCCCCCGGGGCAGUCGUCGAUCGAGAAGCUGCCCGCGGAGAUACUCGGCCAGAUAAUCGACCACCUCGUUCUCGACGUCCCCCCGAACGGCAUCUCCGCGCGUAACGUGGAUUUGAUGUCGCUCCUGUUGACGUCUAGAACACUUCACUCGGCAACGUUGAAUUCGCUUUACAAGAACAUCACGAUACCGCACUCGAGAAUCUUCCGGAAGUUCCUGACGCACAUCUCGCAGAACCAGGAGCUGGGCACGAUCGUGCGCCGGCUCGACUUUUGCCACUUCAACCCUACUACGCUCUUCUCGACGGCCAGCGAGCGAGCUACUACCCGCAACUUGACCCCCGAGACUUUGCUGCAGUGCUUGGAGCUGACACCCUUCCUCCGUGAGUUCCUGGCGCAGGAGUACAUUGAAGACGAGAUUAACGCGAGCGUCCUGCGGAAGUUGUUCUUUGGGCUCGAGAGGCUGCAGGGGAUCGACUUCUGCGGCUGCUCGUCGACCAACUUCAAGAACGCCUUCCAGUCGAUCCUGCAGGCCGACUGGCCCGACUUCCUCCCCAUCUCUCGGCUCUGCAUGCACAAGUGCAUCACCCUGUCGUCGUCCGUGUUCGAGACGCUGCUCCCUCGGCUCGGCGACUUGACGCAUCUGGAUCUCGCGGGAACGCGCGUGACGGACGAGGCGCUCCAGUCCAUACCGCACACCGCAAGAAUCACUCACCUCAACCUGUCCAAGUGCAGGCUGCUAACGGCUGAUGCCAUCAUCGACUUCGUGGCCAACCACCCCGCCGCCAGCGGGUUGGUCUUCUUAAGCCUCGGGGUGGAUGCGCGCAGCCACCAGCUUCUCGACGAGGACGCCUUGGACAGGCUCAUCCCCACCCUCCCGCCAACCCUGCGCUCGCUGAGCCUCAAGGGAAGCAGGAUGGCACCGUCGCACAUCGAUCUGCUCCGACCGUUGACGAAACACUUGGAAGAGUUGGCUCUGGGUCGGCGGCUGAAGAUUACGGACAUCGACCGGCUCUUCGUACCGGACGAGAGCAACGACGGCGAAGACGCGAGCAAGGAGCUAGAAUGGGUCCCUCACACGCUCAGGUACUUGGAUCUCUCGGACUACACGGCGGUGGAACUGGACCUGAUUACGCUCUUCGGACGGAACACGUCGAUCAUGAAGAGGUAUUCGGCACCGCUAGAUGUGAUCGAGAUCCCGGACGACAUGUACGCGAGACUAGCCACGUCACCGGUCGUCAAGCAGUUGGGGUGGGUCGUUACCGAGAACGGGAGCAGGGCGUGGCUCGUCCGCCUGCGCGACCUUGAGGACGGACCGCGCGAUUCCGGCCUGCGUCCCUGGAAGAUGGGCGCUUCGUUCUGGGGCAUGCGCAAGAUACCCAUCGCCUGUGCCGAAGUCGGCGGCAUGUACGGCUCGUACAUGUUCAAGCGGAAGCUAUGAGUCGAUAUAGCACCAUGUCACGUCCCGAUCCACCGGCAAACCCUGACAUGCUCGAGUCGACGCCCUAGCUAUUUCGUCAGAUUCUUUUAGGUCGGGUUGCUUGCCCCCCGUUUUCGGGGCGGGGAAGGGAAGGGGGAGAGGGAGGCGAGG